AUGGCGGCCAUCAUCGUGGAAAAUCUCUUGCAGAUCAAGACAGAGACAGUGGAUCUGGAGAACAUCCCUAUGGACGAAGUAUUUACCUUCCUCAAAUGCAGCAAGGAAGGCCUCAGCUCCAAUGAAGCCCAGACACGCGCCACCAUGUUUGGUCCCAAUAAAUUAGAAGAAAGAAAGGAGAACAAGGUGUUGAAGUUCCUAAUGUUUAUGAACAAUCCGUUAUCGUGGGUGAUGGAGAUUGCUGCUGUGAUGGCCAUUGCGCUUGCCAACGGCGACAACAGGCCGCCGGACUGGCAAGAUUUUGUCGGCAUCGUGGUGCUCCUUAUCCUCAACUCCACCAUCUCAUUUAUCGAGGAGAACAAUGCCGGGAGCGCCGCAGAGGCGCUCAUGGCCAACCUUGCGCCUAAGACCAAGGUGUUGCGUGAUGGCCGAUGGAGCGAGGAGGACGCGGCGGUCCUCGUCCCGGGUGACAUUAUCAGCAUUAAGCUUGGCGACAUCAUCCCAGCUGACGCUCGCUUGCUCGAGGGCGAUGCGCUCAAGAUUGACCAGUCGGCGCUCACUGGCGAGUGUCUUCCGGUCACCAAGAGCCCCGGCGACGGUGUCUACUCGGGCUCCACGUGCAAGCAGGGCGAGAUCGAGGCAAUUGUCAUCGCCACCGGAGUGCACACCUUCUUUGGGAGGGCGGCGCACCUUGUCGAUAGCACCAACCAGGUCGGCCACUUCCAGAAGGUGCUCCAGGCCAUCGGCAACUUCUGCAUAGGAACCAUCGUCGUUGGCUUAUUCGUCGAGGUCAUCGUCAUGUACGCGGUCCAGCACCGCCGGUACCGUGAAGGCAUCGACAACCUCCUCGUGCUUCUGAUCGGCGGCAUCCCAAUUGCCAUGCCUACUGUGCUCUCCGUCACCAUGGCAAUCGGCUCCCACAGGCUGUCGUUGCAGGGCGCUAUCACCAAGCGCAUGACUGCCAUCGAGGAGAUGGCCGGCAUGGAUGUGCUUUGCAGUGACAAGACCGGCACGCUCACCCUCAACAAGCUCAGUGUUGACCGCAGCCUUGUUGAGAUCUUUGCCGCGGACGUUGAAAAGGACGAUGUUAUCUUGUUCGCUGCCAGGGCAUCUAGGGUGGAGAACCAGGAUGCCAUCGACGCCGCCAUGGUUGGCAUGCUAAGUGAUCCAAAGGAGGCCAGGGAUGGCAUUGAGGAGGUGCACUUCUUCCCCUUCAACCCCGUCGACAAGCGAACAGCCCUCACCUAUAUUGAUCUCGCUGAUGGUAUCUGGCACCGUGUCAGCAAGGGUGCACCCGAACAAAUAUUGGCUCUCUGCAACUGUGGAGAUAACGUCAAGAACUUGGUUCACACUGUGAUCGACAAGUACGCCGAGCGUGGUCUUCGAUCUCUUGCAGUUGCAAGGCAGCAAGUUCCGGAGAAGAGGAAAGAAAGCCUCGGAGAGCCAUGGGAAUUUGUGGGUCUGCUUCCUCUCCUGGACCCACCAAGGUCGGACAGUUCUGACACAAUCAAGCAUGCGCUCGACCUCGGUGUCAAUGUGAAGAUGAUCACAGGCGCUAAGAGCAAAGAUGAAGCCACUGCUUCGAUUCCUGUGGAUGACUUGAUCGAGAAGGCUGAUGGCUUUGCUGGCGUCUUCCCAGAGCACAAGUAUGAGAUUGUCAAGAAGCUGCAGGAGAUGAAGCACAUUUGUGGAAUGACCGGAGAUGAAGGCUCCAGUGUCAUCAUUAGUGCUGUGCUCACUAGCAGGGCCAUCUUCCAGAGGAUGAAGAAUUACACUCACUAUCAUGACUAUCGCAAAGGAAGAGUAAAACCGUCGCCACACCCUGAUAGCUGGAAGCUGAACGAGAUCUUUGCCACAGGCGUUGUGUACGGAGCCUACAUGGCUGUAAUGACUGUCGUAUUCUUCUGGGCCAUGAGAAGCACCGACUUCUUCUCUGUUGCCACUCUGAUUGCAGUGUUCGCGAACUUUGCGGUUUGCCCGCAUCAGAGGAAUCGGAUGGGGUUGGGCCGGCGUCAUCUGGCUUUACAGCCUCGUCACCUUCGUUCCCUCGACCUGUUCAGGGUUCGCUAUCCACUACGCAAUGUUGAGCGGCAAGGCCUGGAACAAUCUCCUGCAGAACAAGACAGCCUCACGACGAAGAAGAACUACGGCGAGGGGAGGAGCGCAAGGCGCAGUGGGCGACGACGCAGCGCAGCCUGCACGGCCUCCUACGACCCACCGAGUCCGAGGCCGGCGGCAGGCGCAGCAGCAGCAACACGGAGCUGUCGAGGAGAUCGCUUUGAGCAGGCCAAGCGGCGAGCGGAGUUCGCGAGGCUGCGCGAGAAGAACACGCUGAGGGGCCAGCUCGAGUCGUCGGCGAGGCGCAGCAGGGGGAUCGACAUCAACACUUGGUCAGGACGCCGUUCUGCAACGCGUAAACGUGCGC